CUUCCGCCUUCCUUCUCGGAAGUGACGUCACCGCCGCCGCUCUACCCGGAAGUGCCGCCGCAGCCCCGCGAUGUCGCGCGCCACCAAGCGGAAGCACGUGGUGCGGGAGCUGCUGGAGGAGCGCGUGCAGCCCGCGGAGGGCCAGAGCGUGGUCAGGGUGUUGGGGACACCGGGGAACAACCUGCACGAGGUGGAGACGGCGGAGGGGACGCGGUUCCUGGCCAGCAUGCCACCGCGCUUCCGGCGGCACAUCUGGAUCAAGAGAGGCGAUUUCCUGCUCGUGGAUCCCAUCCUGGAGGGCUCCAAGGUCAAAGCCGAGAUUUCCCUGGUGCUGCUCCCGGCCCACGUGCGCUCGCUGCAGCGCCAGGGGCUCUGGCCUGAGGCCUUCGCUCCCCUGGAGAGGAAAAACCCCCGGGAGGGCACGGGGGACACAGAGGACACGAGUGACACCGGGGACAAGGCGGGGACCCCGCAGCCAAAGGACAAUGGGGACAAGGACAGCGGGGACAGGGGGGACACGGGGCAGGGGGACGCGCCCCAAUAAAGGACGCUGGUGGCACUGGGGUGGCUCGGUGUGUCCCCUCCCCGCCAGUGACACGCGGUGACACAAA